AUGGGACAGAUGGAGGGACCAUCAUUUCUGGAUGUUAUGGCAAUAAAUCUGCAUUAUAACUGUCAAGCUCGUUGCCCACGUCGACUACCAUGUCAAAAUGGAGGCUUCACUGAUAGUAGAAAUUGUAAUCGAUGCAAAUGCCCAAGUGGAUUUGGUGGACAGUAUUGCGAAUCUAUACCACCAUCGUUCUCAAAUGGUUGUGGAGGAGAGUUGAUUGCUUACGAAGCGAUUCGUAGAUUCGACAUCACUAUCAGACAGAUCGGACAACAGCGGACAAAGCAGUGUAUUUAUCAUUUGAGGGCGCCCAGAGGUAAACGCGUGUUGGUAAACCUGGUCCGAGUCCAAGGCAGAUGUGUCGAAGGAUGCUGGGAAGAUGGUGUGGAGUUCAAGAUGACUACCGAUCCACGUCUUGUCGGUUACAGGUUUUGUUGCCAACCUCGCUAUCAGCAGAGAAUACUGUCCAGAAGUAACAUGGUACCAUUCAUAGUCACAUCACGCACUAAUGGCAUAACGCUCACGUUUGAGUACACAUUUGGUAAGAGGAAAACUCGAAGAAUUUGCAGAUAUUUCCUUAUAAAUUGAAA